CCGGUACAGAUCGUAGCCUCGGUCUCCAUCGAUCCAACUUGCAGGACACGCUGCUAUAGGUACCGGUACCGGUACCGGUACCGAGUUUGCCCUUUGGAAAUUGCGCAGACACUCGACGUGUUGCGGCGGCCAAGUCGGACCCAGUUGCCCGGCAAGCAAGUACGACUCACAGUGAGUGCAUAUCCCAUCCACCUACCCACAUACACACACACGGGCGCGUGUGACCAUGGACGGUGUGGAGGAUGCGCAGGACACCGUGGUUCGACUCGAAACGCUGGACCAAAAGCACUUGCCCCAAGUCGCGGAUCUCUUUCGGGAAGCCUUUGCGAAUAAAAGGUGUUGUGGAGUGUUCGCCGUGGCGGAGUCGGUGGCUGGAAUGCAGAAAAGGUACGCCAGCUAUUCCGCCGAAAAGUUUCAGUUGGGUGUGGUUGCUCUACGUGGCGAUGAAGUGCUCGGCUUUUGCCAAAUGACCACCCGGAAGUUGCCCAUGUAUCCUUCGGGGGCCCAUCAUUGCGAGGCCGGCGAAAUGUACAUCGAAACGAUCGCCGUCAGUGACCGGGCACGGGGUCAAGGAAUCGGAGGAAAGCUCCUGCGAUGGUCGGAGGAAAAGGCGAGAGCGGAACACAUGAAAAAGCUAACGCUGGAGGUCUUUCAAGGGAAUCGUGCCAUUGGUUUGUACGAAAGGUUCGGCUUCAAAAUCGUUCCGCCCGACGGAGACUGUGUAGACGCGUGUUGUGAGAAUGUGACAGUGUGCUGCUUCUUCGGUCGACCCUACGGAUGGUGCCAUCCCAAAUGGGGGACACAUAUCAUGAUCAAACAUCUCGAGUGAAAUUUGGACACGCCACACGGGGUUCGCGAUAGUGCACCCAAACCGAUGUUUGAUAAACUAGUUAGGAUUGCAAGUUGUU